GUCACCCGACGAGGGCAACGGUGUUUAGUCAGGAACAGGUUUCAUAGUAGUUUCAUGCGAACACGAACUCCAGUUCAGUCACCAACGUGAGUUUCGUCGAUUUACUCGACAACUGAAAGUUGUUUUCUACUGUAGGAAAGCAUGGCACUGUCUUUGUCCUCCCCGUGUGGAUGCCCCUUCGAUGAAGAGGAGGGAAUGGCUGUGUUUGAAUCUACGGCAACAGAACAUGGCAGCCUGGCCAGACCACGUCUACCUGAGAUAUCUGUCAUUUCCCCUGGCUUGGACCCCCGACCAUCCACUGCAGAACCAAAACUAGCAGUGAAACCGGGAUUGGUGAGACAAGGAAGUGGUGAAGGAAAUGCUGAGAAAGUGAAGGUCUAUUUGCGCAUCCGGCCACUUAGUAAUACGGAGAGGGAGAGGGAAGAAGAGCAGGGUUGUGUAGCCAUCCAAGAUGAAGAGACUCUGCUGCUCAAAGCUCCUAAGGAAUCUCAGAACAUGAAGACUGCAGAGAGGGGCAUCAGUCAGAGCAUGCACAAGUUUACUUUCUCCAAGAUCUUUAGACCUGAGACCACUCAGCAGCAGUUUUAUGAGAGCACUAUGAAAAAGAUGGUGAACGAUGUGCUCCAAGGGGAAAACAGGCUUCUCUACACUUAUGGUGUCACCAACUCCGGAAAGACGUACACCAUUCAAGGUAGUGGUCGAGAGGCGGGCCUUCUGCCCCGAGCUUUGGUGUCUCUGUUCAGGAAACUGCAGGGUCGUCUCUAUGGUGCCAUGGACCUGAAGCCUGUCAUGUAUCAUGAUGUGAGACACCUUGACCCCUCCGAGAUCAGGGCGGAGGAAAUCCGCAGAAACUCUCUGCUCAAAGAGGAUGACAUUUCUAGUUCUCGUCGAGCCGGUGCCACCACUACUGGAGACAGUGGCUUUGGAGGACUCUCCUCAACAAGUCAUUUUGCCAGCCAGCUUGAUGACACAGACAGUGUUUGCCUGGAACCAGACAGCCUUUCACACAGCGGAGGGGACAACCUGGAGGAGGGGCUGCAGUUCUCUAUUUGGGUGUCCUUUUAUGAGAUCUACAAUGAGUUCCUGUAUGAUCUUCUAGAUGCAUCGCCAUCCCUGCAGCCCAGAAAGAGAGUCACACUGCGACUCAGUGAUGACAAGCAGGGCAACCCUUACGUGAAAGACCUUAGCUGGGUCCAGGUCCGCAAUGCUGAGGAAGCAUGGAGGAUUCUGAGGGCCGGCCGUAAAAACCAGAGUUUCGCAAGCACUCACCUCAACCAAAACUCAAGCCGCAGCCACAGCAUCUUCUCCAUUCGUGUCCUGCACAUCCGCCCAGAGACCUAUUCUCCUCAGACCAUGAACAUCAGCGAGUUGACUGUGUGCGAUCUGGCUGGGUCUGAACGCUGUAAAGAGCAGCGUAAUGGUGAGAGGAUGAAGGAGGCCAACAAUAUCAACACCUCCCUAUUAACACUGGGCCGCUGUAUUUCUGCUCUGAGGAACAACCAGAUCAACAAGUCACGUCCACCACAAGUGGUACCCUUCAGGGACAGUAAACUGACCCGGGUGUUGCAGGGUUUCUUCUGUGGUCGGGGAACCUCCAGCAUGGUGGUCAACAUCAACCCAUGUUCCUCCAUCUAUGACGAGACCCUGCAAGCCCUUAAAUUCUCUGCAAUAGCUACUCAAUUGGUCCAUGGACCCUCUACAAAGACCAGAGUGGCCUAUAUCCUGUCUCUACUGCGCGGGCCGACACAAGACUGUAACGAAAGCACAGUCCUGGAAGACGAUGAUGACGACAGCGAUGUUGAAGAUGGAGACAUCACCAUGUUAAAUCCAGAGGCUUUGCUGCAGGCCAUUGACGUUCUGAAGAGAGAGGUGCAGCGCCAGCGGAGAGAGAAAGAAGAACUUGAAGCCAAUGUGAGGGAACAGGUGGUCUCUGAGAUGAUGGAGGUCAUCAAUGGGAUGCAGGAUGGCUUCAGUGAGACCUUGGAGGCAGAGAGGGCUCUAAUUGAAGAGCGGUGCGAGGACAAGAUAAAUAACCUGCAGAAACAUUUGAAGAAAUUUUACAGCGAGGAGCUGAAGGAGCGUGAUCAGGAUAUUGAAGCUUUGUCUGCUGCCCUUGAAAAACACAAAAAAACUGAGUCGGCCCCCGUGCUGGUGCCAGAGGCAGACGGGCCUCGCCGCUCUCAGCGCCUCACAACUCAGACAGACCAUGGCAGACUGCGAGCUGAACUAGACCAGUGCCGCGCUGAGUUACUCAACAAGACACAAGAGCUGACGAAGCUCAAGAUGCAACUGGAGGUGCCGGGGGCAACCGGCAGCAUGACUGGUGCUGCUGACCGCAAGCUUGAGGAAGGACAGCGGAAUCUGCGUCAGCUGCGCAUGGAUUUGCAGAGGCUGGGGGAGAAUCUUCAGUCUGGGGAACGAGCCUGUUGUCGCAACACGGGGGGGGAACGGCUGCGGCAGGCGUUAAACACUGCAGAUGAGACACUUGCCAAACAGGACCAGAUCUUGAUGGAGCUGCAGAAUGGCCUGAUGCUGGUCAAAGCUGACCUGAGACGCAAAGCAGAGAGCCUGGCUCAGACACAGGCCAUCCGGCCCCAGCUUCCCCCAAGUGGCUUUUCUGCCCCCACCACACCGGGUUCGUGUAAAAAGAGAGGCUGUGGGGCCACUGCAGCAAGCAAUGCUGAGAACAGGCCUCCACAGAAACGCCCUUUUUUACACUCUCUGUUCCCGACACGUAAAUGCAACGCGCGCGCAGCUGAAGAUAACACGACCCCCUACUCCCGGAUCUUGCGGUCUCGUCAGCAUUCUCCACCUCCCAGCCCUGUCCUCACUCCGCGUAGUCUUCGGGGGAAGUACUGAUCUAUUUAGCGCUUCAGAGGGAAUGCGCCCGUUUUGAUAUUAUGCACAGUCAUAUUUGCUGGUUACUUUAUUUUUUAUAUAUAUCUACUAUGUGCAGUACACUUAACUGUUUUCAUACCAAAUACAGUUGUUAUAUUUAUGCCAGUAAAACAGUUAAUGCUUAAAAUGUGGUUGCAGAAUAGUACGACAUUGAGGUCGCCUUGGGCAGUGUUAUGGUUUGGAGAAUGGUGUUAUUGUGUGUGUGCAUGUGUAGUUAGUCUCAUCUGCCUCUGCUUCAAGUACCUUUGUGUUUUACAAUAAGUCUAUACAAGCAGUGUGUAGAGUUGUAAACUACGGUAUCUAAUUUUAAUUUGCUGCUGUCAAAUAUAGUGAGUGGAUAGCUGCACAAUGCAAAUUAUUUCUAUAUACAAGAAUGUAGAGGCGUGAUGUGGCUACAUUGAAAGCAUGUUUGUGUGUCUAUGUAAAUAACUCGAUGUGUCUUUGCACUGCUUAUG